CACACACACACACACACACACGCAGACAUUAACAACAGCUGUGGGAAAACUUCCAGCUAAGAACACAACGAAAGGAUGUUUACCAACUAUACCGUUCGUUUUAAAGCUGUGCUGAGCUGACGUUCAACUCAACUAACAUUACCUACAUGUUAGUGUCUGCAGCCUGUGUGUGUUGUCCUGUGUGUUGUCCUGUGUGUGUUGGGGCUCAGUGAGCAGGAUGGAGAGCAGUGGGGGAGAGAACCCGCACUGUGAGGAGCAGCUGAGGACUACACUGCACUGUGAUGAUAAGGAGAAGCUUCGCAGGAAGUUGGCACUCUUACAAAGGGAGUACCUCAGGACAGCCCAGAGACUACAGCGUGCUGAGCGGUCAGAAGCAGUGCGGAGACAUGUGAGGAGCAGGAUUACACAGAAGAACCACGAGAACCAGAGGAAUCCAGAGAUCACAUCGAACCCCUGUCUCAACCCGUCUGCACUGACGCUAAACGCCAUCAGUGGCUCAGCCUCAGGUGUGCCUCAGUGCCAGGGACCCAGUGGAGGUCCAGCAGAUUCUGAGAACUCCAGGCGGAGCCAGGUAAUCAGGUUCCUGCUCCCCUCUGAUGCUGCUUGCCCACAAACCCCAGAUUCCAGCCAUGACGCGACCAGAGGACACAGACCCAGUCCUGCCCUGCGCCUCAGGUCUCGAAGCAGCCGCCUACGCUGGGAGAAGAGGAGCGCUGAGGCCGGCAGGAGCACAGACAACAGCGAGGAAGGACAGGAGCAGAGUGAAAGGGUGGAGACUGCUAGUGGAGAAGGAAGUGAAGAGAGAGUCAAAACGGAGGUAACGGAGGUGGUGAAUGAAAGUGAAGAGCUCUUUUCUGGCACAGAAUCCGAGUCUCCUUCUCUGCUGCUUACACACUGGAACACUUGUGGACAAACUGAAGAUACGGCUAUAAACCCUGGAGGCAGGGGACAGAAGGACGAUAUUGCACAAAAUGGACGACAAAAAGGGACAGAGGAAGCAGAGGAAAGUGAGAAUAGUGGAGGACAGAGGGAUGGGAGGCUGUGUGAAGACAGCAGUAUUAAAGACACGGAACAAAGUGCAGCAGAGCAGAUAGAAAGUGAAAAAAGUCACGAUAAUACAGUUGAAAUAACAGAAGAAAAAAGUGAGAUUAUUGGAGGAGAGCAUGAUGUAAAGGGAGUGGGUCUCCUCGACUCCUGCACUCUAGUGGAGGGACUACUGUUCCCAGUAGAGUACUACGUCAGGACCACAAGACGUAUGACAUCUUCACAGAGCCAGCCUGACAUGCAGGCCGUCAUACUCUCCCAGCUGAGCACGGGACGGCCUCGCAGGAGCCGGGGCCGGGGCCGAGCAUUGAACAGGCAUAUAGACAACCAUGGACGUUCAGAUCAACACACUGAGGCAGAUUUCCCCUCGCUGGCGACUGCAUCUCCAUCUGUAGGAGCUCGUGUGGAACCGCAGACUGCUGACACGUCCGCUGACCUCGACAGUCAGAUCUCCAGCGAGUUCUCAGAUCAAAUCUCAGCCGGUCAGAUCGACACGGGUGCUUGUUUUUCUCCUACGGUCAACGCUGCUCGUCCAGCAAGAGGUAGGAAGAGGAGAAGAGGCAGGGGCAGAGGGAGACCUCAGACCCCUCGCUCUGUUUGCUUAGACACCCAUGAACUCGGCCUUGGACUAACCUCAGAUGAUCCCCAGCCCACCAGCUCCCCAGUCUCUUCGUCUACGGCUCUGCAAGGAGCUGAUGGACCAAAGCCCUGCCUCACUCCGGUAGAAGUUGUUCCAGUGCCAGACGACCCCCAGCCCGCGCCCACCCACAGCACAGCCACACAGCCUUCUUCUGAAGGUAAUGGGGCUCAGUCUAACUCUGCCUCUGGACAUCAGGUCUAUCCCAUCUUUCUGAAGAGCAGCAGCAGGACUAACGGAGCCACUCAGAUCAGUGCAGCACACUGGCAGUCUCUCCUCUUGCCUUCUACUCCACCUGCCCAAACUUCUCUGCUUCCUCUACCAUCUCUGCCUCCCGGCCCGCUGGUCAACAACCUGAUGAACUUUGACAUCCCACAAGAUUUCCAUCUGCCCGAUGACCAGUUUGCCUCCCUAAAGCUGCACAAGCUUCGCCAAGUCGCUGUGGAAUCAGGAGUUGAACAUUUUACAUCGCCCUCUUACAACACUCGCAGGAGCAUGCAGCGCUCUGGGACUUGCCACAGCAGCAGUGACCCAGCGAUGCCUCUUCCGCUCCCGCUCAGCCUCACGCCCACGAUCGCGAAUUCACCCCAUCCCACUGAAGCAAAACAAGCUGCUACACAGUCUGUAGAGCUCCACAACUUGUCGAAAGAACACAAGCUUACAGGUAAAUUGACAAGCCAGUCCUCAACUGAAGUGUCACCUGACCAUGAAAACCCCGGAGAGCAGCAGACUGACAACCUUCAUCCAGAGUGUCAGACUCACGACACCUCAACAGAUUCUGUGUCAGUGGUACGAGUCAGUGCUGCUGACUGUGCAGAUCAACGGAAAGAGAAAGGUAAUGUGAUUCUGAAUACUUACAGCCAGAGUUGUGUCUCAGACAGCAACACACACAGCUCUAUUGACCGAUCUGUCAAACCACUGCCUCACAUCACGGACAGACCUGCAGGCAAAGUGAAUGAUUACGUCAUCGACCACUCAGAUGAGCUUGAAAUCCAAGAGAUUUCUCUCCUUUCAUCAGAAGAACAGACAGAUUGUCCCGGUGCAGUCCAUCCUUUGGAGGAUCAGAGAUUUGCAAACCACCAAACGGAAGACAAAGCCGUCAUCAAGACGCUUUCCUUUGACUGCCCCGAGGAGCCUGUUGGCAGCUGCACUGCAGUACAGGCGGGUGAUGACAGUGAAGCUCCAGAGUCUCCUGUGCAGCAUCUGAGUGUGAAAUCUCCUGAAGAGUCCAAGGAAUCCUCCGAACCCACCACAAGUCCUUCCAGAGAAAAUAAAAGUCAGGACAAGUGUUUACCGCACCACAGUGUCCACUCCCAGCUCCUGUUGAGCCCUCCUCCGGCAUCAGGACCCUGCCCCUUCACAACCCCACACCUGCGCUCCUCUGCUAUCACCUCCAGCCCCACACUGCCAUCACUGGGAACUACGCCCCACCCUGUCUCUGCCACCCUCCCACUGAUGUCCUCUCCCUCCACCCCAGAUCUCAUCCUGCCUCCCCCUUAUAGCCCGUCCACCCAGGCCCUCUCCCCACCAGCUCUCUCUCCCUGUCCAUCCCUCACUUUGCUCCCUCCUAGCCAGCCCCCCACCCCUCCAGCCGGUCAGAGGGUUGAACCUGCUACCUGCCCGACUGUCUCUAGCAUCCGGUCACAGGGCUCAGGCGGGCAGGUGGGCCUGAGAACAGAGGAGACAGUGGAGGAACACGUGAUGAGAUGCACACACACACUGAAGGCCCCAGCAGGAGGAUGUCUGGUGGAUGCAUGCUGUCUUCCCGGAUCCACAGGUGGUUUGUGGGUAGCAGCAGCAGGAAAAUGGGCAGUGUGUCUGUGGAGUCAGACCUCAGCGUCUGAUUGGAAGUUAAUACACACCUGGGCCUUCAAUGAACCGGUGAUCAGUGUGUUUCCUGUCCCGGAUGCUGCUGGGCUGAUGUGUGUGACUCUGGGUCAGUUAGAAAUCAGAGAAGUGAGGAUGUUGUCGUGCUCCAGCCUUUUGCAAGUGCUGCUCUGUGAGGGGGUUGUCCAGGCUGUCGUGGGCGUGUCCAAGUCCAGAGUGGUUACGUCCUCCCACUCAGCUUCCGGCUCCACCCUGCAGGUGUUUACACUGUCAGACAGUGGCAGCACACUGAGCUCUCAGCCUCUCGUGUCCCCUGGCGUUUGUGUCGGGGCCCUCGCUCCGGUGGACGGACUUCCAGAUGCUCUGAUCGGCACAGAUGAGGGAGGACGCCUCUUCGUCUGGAAUUUAAAGACUGGGCAGCUGCUGCGGAGGAUCAUCCUCCGAGAUGAUUUAUCACACACGGCCUGUCUCAGAGGAUACUCCUACUGUGGAGUGUUAUUUGUCCUGCUGCAGCAUCAGUUGCUCAGCUCCCUGGAAGAAGAAGAAAGGGAGGCCACGUCAAAAGAUCAAAUGUUUGUGGAGGAGGAGGAAGAGGAAAGGAAGAAGACCGCUCUGUUGUCUUUGGUCGCCGUUAACCCUCUGAGUGGAAAAUCUGUCAAGGCCACUCAGCUGUAUCCGCCCAAAGCCUGGUCUGGCAGGCUGUGUGAAGCUGACGUUAACAGCUCCAGCGUGGUGGGCCUGAGUCAGAGCGGCUGUGUGUGUGUGUGGGAGCUCGGGCGUCAGGGGGCCUCGAGGAUGGUGUGGGCUCCCGAGAGCGAAGGCUGGCAGCUGGCUCGAUGGGGCGGAGGAGGUACGCUGGUGACUGGACAUCACAACGGAGACCUUACUUUACACUGCUACAGUACGAGUCAGACUCCACUCCGCCACUAGCUCAAGACUCUUUGAUUGCUUUUAUCAAAUAAAAAAGUCUUUCUUUCACUGUAUUAAUAUUUACACGAAGAUUUUAACAUGGCUUCAGUUGAGAGGCGCCUUUUAAAUAUACUUGAAUGUCACAUUUGUUCACUCAACCUGAUGCAGAAGGCAUUGCAUAGACUGUCUCUGUAACUUCCAGCACACCGAUCUAUACUGUAAACUUCUCAACAAGACUGAACCGUUAAAGGUGGAGUGCUUCUAAAUUUUAUCCUCCAGCCUUUGAAAGUGCCCACACUCAUAUUUUUAGAGCGCCAGUAUCACAAACUGAAACAUCGUUGUGUAACAAUGUCCACUCGAUGCUGAUUUCCACUUUUUAGGCCACUGUAGCCUGAAAACCAACUUUGUGUUUUAUUACUGCUGUUGUUUUGACUGUUCCUUACUGUGCUUACUUGAAUAUAUUCUUUAUAUUUGUUAUA